AAGAAAGAGUUCCACCGAUCUAAUAUAAUCUCUUGCAACGAUGAAGAUUUGGAAUUCUUUCUUCCUCAUCGCCUGAUUCUGAUUCUUCUGCCGUGCCUGAUAUCAUACAUACUAACAGCCAUUUUCACUAAGACAGUAGGUUUCCUCCGGAGUUCCGUGAACACAUCUCAAGUCUCUCAUGCCCAAAAACACACAACACUGAAUAAAAUGAAUCAACUGUGUCGGCAAGCCAGUCCAGUUCCAUUGAGGAGGAUACUGUCCGAUGUUUAUUAAACGAAGAAAGAUCUGCACAACCCUUGAAUCCAUCAAAUAGUUGCUCAGUUCUGACAGAAGCAAGCCUCCAUCUGCGUGAUUUCUUGAGUUUAAUUCCCUCAUCCUCAAAUUAAUGCAUCCAUUAAGACAGUUUCCUAUAUUUGCAGUCGGUUCCCAAGAAGCCAGGGAUGAAGACCCAGGAGGGCCCUCCCAUCAAAUCCAAAGCUCCUUCCAAGAAGAUUCUCCCCCAGUGAGAUUCUUCAGUCGCACGACUCAGUAGCAGAGGAAAGAAAGAAGCGGAAAAGGAAGCACGUCUUCUUCCAUCAAAGCAAAAGCAAAAAACUGAUGAUGGAUACACCAAAAGUUGCUUUUCCGUGACAUGCACACACAGAUACAUAAAUGUAUAUAUCUUAAGAAAGCAGAAUGUCCCCAACUCCAUGUCACAAGGAACUGUACAAGAUGAAGGUCUUUAUUAGAAAGAGGAAAUCCUAUUCAGAGGGCACCAAAGAAGGACCGUCGUCACCGUUCAUCCUCUAGCUGUUGUAGUACAGAGGUAUCCCCAAGCACGAUCUCUUGGCCUGAAUGCUUUCCAGACUGAUGGUGUUAUGCCGCAAAUGAAAUAGCUCAAUGUGGCAGUGGCAGCUUUGUGAGGCAGCAGAAAGACACAAAAGCCCCUUCUUCUAGCCCACUUGCCCCCGCCGUCAGGGCCCGCUCUUCCUUGGAGAAACCAACUCCCCUUUUUAGGCCGCCUCCUGGUCUCUGAGUCCAUGGAUGGGCUGUAGAGAGGGUUGCAACUGUGAAGAUGGACUCGAGCUCUCUCAAGGCCUCUGCGACCUCGAGUAGCUCCAGUGAUCCUCCCCAUGGGCUCAAGUUUGGGCGAAAGAUCUACUUUGAUGGUGGCAGCGGCGGGAGUGGGAGCUCCUCCGAGACACCGUCGGCUCCGGCGACGGAGGCGGCCACGCCACCGCCUCCGACGAAGAAGGGGAAGGGGGUGGCGCAGGGAGGUCAGCACCAACCACCUAGGUGCCAGGUGGAGGGGUGUAAUGUCGAUCUGACGGGGGCUAAGGCAUACUACUGUAGGCACAAAGUUUGUGGGAUGCACUCCAAGGCACCUAAGGUUAUGGUUGCAGGAUUGGAGCAGAGGUUCUGUCAGCAGUGUAGCAGGUUUCAUCAAUUACCUGAAUUUGACCAAGGAAAGCGCAGUUGUCGCAGACGUUUGGCAGGACAUAAUGAACGCAGAAGGAAGCCACCUCCUGGGCCGUAUGGCCGCUUUGCAUCAUCCUUCCAUGAACAACCUAGUGGAUUCAGAAGCUUUCUGAUGGACUUCAGUUACCCAAAUCUCUCAAGUAGUCGAAGAAAUCCAAUUGCAACUGCUGGUGACGGGGUGGCCACUAAUGAGUGGCACAGGGGCUUGGAUGCUUCACCUGGUGCCGUGGCACUGCAUGGUACCCAUAGGUGCUCUCAAGGACCUGCAGCAGGAACCUUAUGCUCUACCAUGGAAAUUCCAAAAGGUGAAUGUCUUGCAGGCGUCUCUGACUCAAGCUGUGCUCUCUCUCUUCUGUCAACACAUCCAUGGAGUAGCAGCUCUGCCAGGAAUGGUGCUCCGGUAAUCCCAGCAACCAGCAUCUUCGACAGCCCCGGAACGGUCGAUUCAGUCAUCCCUAGCAAUUACGUUACCAGCUUAUGGGGGGUCAGAGAUCAUGGAGGCAGGACUAGCUCACACAAGGUCCUGCGUGAAAUGGGAUCAGUGGAAGCAACCGCGACAGUUGAUGCUCAUUUUUCAGGUCAGGCAGAGUUUGCUCUGCAGGAAAAUGGACAGUGUCUCGACCACAGUAUGGGUAGCGCAUAUGGCCAUUCAGGUCUUCGCAUGCAUUGGUAACUGUAGACUCUAUAAUCAAUUCAUGUCAAAGGAACCUAAUCAUGAGGAUUGGAUGGAGCAUCACGAACCAAAGCUUUCAUAAUGCCUAGUUCUAGUUCUAAAGAUCUUAUGCCUCUCAACUAUUAUAUGAAUGCUUAUGUUACUAAGAAGCAGCAUUAGUAUGGUGUGAUGUGUGUUUGCUAAUAUAGCUUUGGCAAUGUUGAAGUCACCUAAUUGUGCAUUUU